UAACUGCUUUCAAAACCCUAAAGCCCAACUUACAAUUUCAUAUCAUUGAUUUUAAAAUCUCUUCUCAAAUCUGAAACCCUAAAAAUCCUAGCCGGCGCAUUUAAGGAGAAAGCAAAUCCGAAAGUAGCAGCACCAGAACAACACAACCAUGGGAAAGGUUCACGGUUCAUUGGCGCGUGCCGGUAAGGUGAGAGGUCAAACCCCAAAGGUUGCUUCACAAGAUAAGAAGAAGAAGCCACGUGGCCGCGCUCACAAGCGUUUGCAGUACAAUCGCCGUUUCGUUACUGCCGUUGUUGGAUUCGGCAAGAAGAGAGGACCCAACUCAUCAGAGAAGUAAGAGGUUGAAUAGCAGAAUGUGAAGUUAUGCAGCCAGUCUUCUUAGGAUCUCUCAGUUUCACUUAAAUUUCUUUUUUCUUUUAUAUUAGUGCCCUCAAGUAAUGUACUUUGUGUAUUCUUAAAUGACUUGUUUUUAUGGUGCUAUUUAAUCUUUAACUCUGUAGCUGGAUUCAUCUUUCCCUAUACUUCGUAAUAGAAACAAUUUUGUCCAUCUGAUAUCA